AACGUUGUUCUUUUCCCAUCGUGUGCAGUCGCUCUCGCUCCCGUUAUUCGCCGUUCUGGGAUUCCCGCUGGCGGACUCUAGUGACAAUCACCUUGAUUAUCGUUUUGGACCAUGUGAAAUCCUCCGAGGGCUCUAAAGACCCCCUAAAUAACGGUUAACAAAACCUGUGCGCAAUAAAAGUGGCCUAAAAAUAGCUAAGAAAAUAGCGAAAAUAGCAAAAAUAGCAGACAUGCCGUGUUUUUGUGCCUCUGUGUGUGCGUGAAAUGUCUGCGAGUGAAGUGGAAAUUUAAAAAUAAAACAACGCUGGGACAAAAGUGAAAUCCGUCAGUUUUUUAUUGGCCAACUGCCCAGAAAAACUCCAGGAACAGCGCCAAAGGAUAAAUUGUAAAGGAUAAACAAGGACAGUGACUCGUCGACGCUUGAGUGACAUGCUAGCAGCAGUUAUGGCAUCGGACAUCAACUGGGAUCCAGCUCUUUCCAAACUGAUCACCACGCUCAAGGAGUCGGAAAACCUGUCCAAUGACCAGGAAAUCGACUUCCUGAAAGCCCUGCUGGAGUCCAAGGAGCUGAAUGCCUUGGUUAAUGUCCACACGAAGGUGGCCAAGGUGGGCCGGGAUGAUCGAUUGGCCCCCGUGCUCUCCACCUCCGCUCAGGUGUUGUACGAGGUCCUGGAGCAGUUGUCGCAGCACUGCCACCUCAACGACGACUGCAAGGAGGCCUUCCACCUGCUGCAGGACUCCCAUGUGCAGCACCUCCUAUUUGCCCACGAUGCCAUUGCCCAGAAGGAUUUCUACCCGCACCUGCCGGAGGCUCCAGUCGAAAUGGACGAGGACGAGGAGACCAUCAAGAUUGUGCAGCUCGUCAAGAGCAACGAGCCCCUGACAGGAGCACAGAGUGCGGAGCCAAUUGUUGGCGCCACCAUUAAAACGGAUGAGGAGACGGGCAAGAUAAUCAUCGCAAGAAUCAUGCACGGCGGAGCUGCCGAUCGCUCUGGAUUGAUUCACGUGGGCGAUGAGGUCAUCGAGGUGAACAACAUCAAUGUGGAGGGCAAGACGCCAGGUGAUGUGCUUACCAUACUGCAAAACUCCGAGGGCACCAUUACCUUCAAGCUGGUUCCCGCGGACAACAAGGGCGCCCAGCGGGAGUCCAAGGUGCGGGUGCGUGCCCACUUCGACUACAAUCCGGAUGUGGAUCCCUACAUCCCGUGCAAGGAGGCGGGUCUGGCCUUCCAGCGCGGCGAUGUCCUGCACAUCGUGGGACAGGACGAUGCCUACUGGUGGCAGGCGCGCAAGGAGCACGAACGCUCGGCGAGAGCUGGUCUGAUUCCCAGUCGGGCGCUGCAGGAGCGUCGUAUCCUGCACGAUAGAUCCUUAAAAGAUGGCACUGAUUUGGACUCGAAGCCCGGAUCAUGCGCCUCACUCUGCACCACCCCACCUGGUUCCCCGCGUCUGCCUGCCAGCAGCAGCAGUUCCUCCUGUCGCCAGCCAAAGACUAAAAAGAUCAUGUACGAUUUGACAGAGAACGAUGACUUCGACCGCGAGCAGAUCGCCACGUACGAGGAGGUGGCCAAGUUGUAUCCCCGGCCGGGUGUCUUCAGGCCCAUCGUGCUCAUCGGAGCUCCGGGAGUGGGCCGCAAUGAACUGCGCCGAAGGUUGAUAGCCAGGGAUCCCGAGAAGUUCCGCAGCCCGGUGCCAUACACCACCCGACCAAUGCGAACUGGUGAAGUGGCAGGAAGAGAGUACAUCUUUGUGCCCCGAGAGAAAAUGGACGCGGACAUCGAGGCGGGCAAGUUCGUGGAGCACGGCGAGUACAAGGGUCAUCUGUAUGGAACCUCGGCGGAGAGCGUCAAGUCGAUCGUGAAUGCGGGAUGCGUUUGUGUGCUGAGUCCCCACUACCAGGCGAUCAAGACUCUGCGCACUGCCCAGCUGAAACCGUUCCUCAUCCAUGUGAAGCCGCCAGAGCUGGACGUGCUGAAGGCAACGCGAACGGAGGCCAGGGCCAAGUCCACCUUCGACGAGGCGAAUGCCAGGAGCUUCACGGACGAGGAGUUCGAGGAUAUGGUGAAGUCGGCCGAACGCAUCGAUUACCUCUACGGACACUUCUUCGAUGUGGAGUUGGUCAAUGGAGAGUUAGUUAAUGCCUUCGAACAGCUGGUCCAGAAUGUCCAGCGGCUGGAGAACGAGCCAAUCUGGGCGCCAUCGAUGUGGGUGCAGUAGAGAGAUGGGAUUGCCAAAAAAUGGAGGAGAAGGAGGAGGAGCAUUUCAUGCAAUUUGUUGAACAACACCAAAGUAUUUUUGCCAUACGAAUUUAGCGAUCUGCUAGAGCGACGAAGCGAAGGAGAGACACUAUUUACCCGUAGGCGGUCCUGCUGGCCACUCCCGUCCGGCCUUAGUCCUUUUCACGACAUGUACCUUUUUGCGUAACAGUGAAAACAAAGUAAUGAAUACAAUAAAAACAAAAAAACCAAAAACCAGACAAAGAGAUGGAAAUUUAAAAACUCAACCAGCAUCUAUGUACGAUCUUACGAUUACGAUAACACUUAAAUUAUAAAACUUGUUGUACAAAAUUUAUUUGUGUUCAAAGAAUGGACUAAAUUAUAAAUGUAUUUAUUACACGUUGUUGAAAUCAAAGCAAAACCAAAACCAAAACAGAGUUAAUCCCCCCGUAACCCAAACGCUAACCGUAUUGUAUCUCAAUUGUAUAUACACUCACUCACUAACUAGAGCAUAUUGGAUACAAUAAGAAGUUCUGUGUAACAUGGCUCAUUUCGAAAACUGAUUUCAUCCAAACGUAGUGACAAAUUGUUGAAAACAAGUGAGAAAUUAAUAAAAACCUAUUUUAAAUGCAAA